AUGCCCUCCUCCCGCUCGUCCCUGGACAAACGGGACAUUUAUUACCGUCUACACAAGUCCGCAGGGUAUCGCGCACGGUCGGCAUAUAAGCUGAUUCACCUCGAUGAGGAGUUUGAUCUGUUUGGAGGCGUGAAGACGGUGGUGGAUCUGUGUGCGGCGCCGGGGAGCUGGAGUCAGGUCGUUGGGGAGCAAUUGGGAUCUGAGCUCGCAUCUGGCGCAGCUAAGCUCGUCUCCCUCGACCUCCAGCCCAUGGCUCCCUUGCGCCAUACCACCACCCUCCAAGCCGAUCUCACUACGCCAAGCACCAUCCCUCUUGUCCUCUCUCAUCUUGGACAUACCAAAGCCGACCUGGUGAUCUGCGACGGCGCGCCAGACGUCACCGGCGUCCACGACCUCGACGCGUAUCUGCACCAUCAGCUCCUCAUGGCUGCUUUCACGCUCACACUCGCUAUCCUCGCGAAGGGCGGGACGGCGGUGUACAAGGUGUUCUUAUCGCCGUUGGAUCCGAAGGGAGAGAGACUGAGGGAAGGGGUCAAGGUGUUCUUUAGGGAAGAAGGGGAUGGCGGGGAGUGGUUUGCGGAGUUUGACGAUGAGGCGGAAGGUGCAGAGGGGCCGGGAGUCGAUGCUAUGGGCAGGAGGGGAGGAGUUUGGAUCAGGAAGCCAAGAAGUAGUCGGAAAGGAAGCGGAGAGGCAUUUCUUGUCUGCCGGAACUACGAUCCAUCUACUGUUCCCCUCCCACCUACGUUCUCCGCCGAAGCCCUCGAAGGUUUGUCCCGCCAGACAUCCGGGACUUUGACCCUCGACUCGCUCGCGCACCUCGCCGGCGGAGAUGUUCGCAUGAACGAAGACCAGGCGAGGCGUUGGGCAGUGCUGAAGGCCUGGGCCGGGAAAGGAGACCUCAACGCUAUGGCACAACUGUCCGAUCCUCCGGCCGCCAAAUCUGCGAGAAACUCCUUGGAGGUCGACGAAGCCUUCCCUCCGCCACUGACUCCACCGGCGCCUUCCUCGCCCACCAUUACCCGUACCGACGCCACACCCGGCUCAGCUGCGCAAGGCCGUUCAAUGGCACCUCUCUCCCUAACCAUGCCUUCUCCCUCGCACCUUACACCCCCUCGCUCGACCCAAAUCCCCGCUCCGAAGCCAUCAACCAGCAGACAUCGGCAUAGUCGCUCUUCGAUUGACUCGGAUAUCGUCUCGCCCUCCUCUCCUACUGGCCUGACUUCGGGCUGGGACCGGCUCGGCCCCUCACCCCUCCCAUCUCCCAUCUCCCCCUUCCCUCCAGGCGACCAAUCCGGGUAUCUCAAUCUUCGACAAGAAUACCCUAUCCCUCCUCGCGAACCAUACGCUCUAUCUCGCUACGUCGCGCCUGAUCUGUACACGGAUCCUACCUUCCCGCGCCCAGAUACGGACGGCGCUAUCAGUCCGGCUCUGAGUACAUCCAGCAAAACCGACAUCUUCUUCAGCUCAGCGGCGAGCGCGUCCGGAUCGGACAUCCUCCCCGCUCCUCCAAGACCACUCUCCGGUACUACUUCAUCGGGAAGCGGGUCGCUAGGUCGUGCCGGAUCGAUCGGGAGGGGACGUCCACCUCCUCGAUCCCUGCUGUCGGGCGAACGUGAGCGUGAGCGGGCGGUCACGAUGCCCACUACUCCGGUACCGUUCGCAGGUAUGCCACCUCCUUCACAGGCCGGCUCGUCGGUCAGCGAUGUAUGGGGACUUCCGCCCCGGUCCCUCGAGCCCGCCUCUGCGCCUACUGGAGGUCGGGAUCGGCGACUGAGCGGUGCUGGCCGCGUCAUGUCCAUCGCGCAGAGCUUUGGGUCGGGCGCGGCGUACAACCGCGAACGGACCGACUCGAUCACCAGCAUCAAUAGCUCCACCGAGCGGGUCAUGGCUAGCCCUCUUACCGGUCUACCUUCCGGCGAGUCGAUACGCGGUCUAGCCAGCGCAGCUAGCGGGUCGAAUAUCCGUUUGUCGCCGACUGUCAAGCGGGCCCAGCUUGGCGUGCCGGUAAUAGCAAGAAGGGAAAGUCAGAUCGAGCGGGAAGAACAUCGGACGACAGGCGACCAGGAGGGGGCACACACUCCGGGUGAGGUACUCGAGCCGAUCGAGCCGACCCGCUUGGGCGAUGUGGACGAGGACUAUGAGAUGCAUGAUGAGGAGGCGGAAGCGGGGACGCCGCUGGUCAUGAUGGGUUUGAGAGAGCGACAGGGAGAUGUCAUGGGGAGCUUUUCGGGCGUGCUGCCGGAAUUGCCGCUUCAGAGGGGUCAGAAGAGGAAGUGGAAGUUGGAGAAGAAGUUGGGUGAGGGGGCGUUCUCGGCGGUCUGGGCGGCGACAGCGCAUCAGGACGAUGAGGACAUGGAAGGUGUACAAAAACGUCCCUUAUCCGCUGCCAUCAAGCUUCUCCCUCGCCGCCUGACCACAACCAACGACAGGACUCGGAUCUCAUUCUUGCGGGAAGUCGGUGUUCUCUCCCGUCUUUCGCACCCAUAUAUUGUCGCGUUCAUCGACGACUUCGAGACCAAGGGGUACUACUGCCUGGCGCUUGAGCGGGUGGAUGGUGGCGAGCUGUUUGACGUGAUCCAGAACCCAAAGUGGGGCUCGGUCGUUGGCGGUCCGAAAGCCGCUGGAGAGGUCUUGGUCAGGCGGAUAUUCACCGAGCUGGCUAGGGCUACGGGCUUUUUGCAUGCUUGCGGGGUCGUCCAUCGAGAUAUCAAGCUUGAGAACAUCCUACUCGCCUCGAACCCCAUACUCACUCUGCCUACCGACGCCGACUUGGCGGCCGUCUUGGCCUCGCUCCCACCCCAAUCCGAACCCCUCAUCAAGCUUACAGACUUUGGCCUUUCCCGCUUCAUCUCCCCUUCCUCGCCUUACCUCACUACCCGCUGCGGUUCCGAAUCCUUUGCCGCCCCUGAAAUUAUCAUGGGCAAGCCAUACGACGGACGUGAUACGGAUAGUUGGGCAUGCGGCGUCGUCCUUUACGCCAUGAUCACCGGGGAACUGCCAUUCGAUCCCCCCGUACCGGUCGACAUGAGCACAGAGGCGGAGAAGGAGGAGCGGCGGAAACGGAUGCUGCGGAUCGCCAAGGGGACGUAUAGCUGGCCAAAAGAGGGGAUGGGGAGUUUGUGCAGUGAAGGUGUCAAGGGGGUUGUGAAGCGGCUGUUGGUCAGGGAUCCAAAGAGGCGGGCGAGGAUGGAUGAAAUCUGGGGAGAAGAGUGGAUAAAAGGAGAGGGUUCGGUGGGGCCUGUUCCGAUUGCGCCGGAGGGGAGCGCUGAGGGAUCAAGAGAGGAAGGAGGGAGGAAGAAAGUGUUGGACGGAUGGGUGAUAUUGGGCGAUCAAGGGGAUGAGGGAGAUGACUAG